AGGCACAAGGGACAACUAAAUAGAUCUUGUGUCGUUGUGUUUUUUAUUUCAGUACGGCAUUGAGUUUCUCCAUUUGGUCAGUGGAAAUCCGUUGAAUAGUGACGCCAUAUCCAAGUUUUGCUAAUGUUUUGGUGUUUUAACUGAAACCCAUAUUAAUCGUUUAAAGGUGGUUAAAAAGGAUUGUAUGCGGAUAGUGGGCGAAAAAAAAGUCCCAACAGCAAUAGCACAACACCACAGCAGGCGGAGUGACAUGACCUGUAGCAUCUAUUACAGUGCUAGUGAGACGGAGAAACGGAGAGAAAUACGUUUUCUCCCCAUACCAAAGGCCCGUAUAGUCAGGAAACGAUCUGAAAAAGUGUAAUGAAGACUCAAAUGGCUUCCAGCGUCCCUUUGGACGGAAGUUGCGAUCUUUCGGGAUUUUGUGGAAUCGUUGCUGACAGUGGCGCAGUUCGAGUAGUGAGAGGGUUCACAAGUUUUCGUUAACUCGUCGACACAUCAGGCCCCCCCUUUUGCCUAUUGUGUGUUGUGUAUAUAUACAUAUACCUACUAACUGGAAGACAUCAACGUUGUUUGUGUUUCUAUUUCGUCAUCAGUUUUGGAAUAUAUUGGAGAUCUAGUGUGUGUUCGUUACAUUCACUCCACUUUACCCCUCCUCUUCCCCUUCCUCCAUUGUGUGUGCGUGUGUGUAUGUGUGUGUGAUUUCUGACAUCUCGCGACAGCGUCUCGGAUUGUGGCCGAGAGACUUGCACACAUUUUUCAUUGGUUACGUACGUGCACGUACGGGGUGGAAAAUGUGCACUACCAGCCCUAUCGAUUGGACAGAUCUUCAUGUGGGCCAGUUGAUUCGCCAUUUAAAUAUCUAAACAAGACAAAACACACAAGACCCUCGGAAAAAAAAGCCUUUGUAACUUGUGGCGACGACUAAAGAGGAAGAAAAACAAUUUCAAUCUUCUGCACACAUUCGGUCUUCGAGUGUGUUACCUCUUUAUUGUUCGACUUCAUUCGACAUCGCCUCCCAGAAUAUUCCCGUUCGUUCUAUUCUUUUCCGGUGUUGACCUAAUCUUACACUCAUGAUCUUGACUCUACAAUGUCUUAUAAUUUGAGCAGUCGUGAUGCCGGUGAUCGGUCACGUGAUCGUGAACUCCAGGCCAAGGCCAGGGCCCAGAUGUCAUCAAUGCUGGCCGAGCCGGAGGAAUCGUUUAUGCCCGUCUUUGACGCACCCGUUCGCCUCCGGCCGUCUUCAGGUGACCGGACGCACCAGAUGAUUGUCAAGACACUGGGCCGAUACGCUCCGUCGAUCAUUGAAGAUUCCAAAUAUUUGAUUGGAGUGUACCAAGAGCCAGCUACGCCACUACCGAGUCGGGAACACCAUGAUCCGCCCGACACUCCGCCACCACCAUCCAGUAACAGCUGUAGUAGUAGUAGUAGCCGGCCGGAAUUCGCCACUCCUACCAAGCCGGCCCCGUCUUCGGGCCUGGGUCAGGGCCAUUCUCACCAACGGCCCACUUCAUCAGGUGGUAGCUUGAUGAAACCUCCUUCGCAUGCUGCACCGCAUGUUGCUCCUCAAAGAAGUUCAGCUCCUCCCGGCCGGUCCAGCAGUAAUAGUAAUACUACAAGUAGUAUGACGGGGUUACACAAGGCUCCUGGACCUGGCCCUGGUGGAGGAUAUCAUAGCGGUGCGUCGUCGUCUUCUUCUUCAUCGUCAUCCUCCUCUUCCUCAUCAUCGUCGUCUACCUCUUCAUCGAGGCAGCGUCCGCCAAUCAACAAUAUGCGGCCUCAUCCACCAAAGUUGAGCUUCAACAAUCCUCCUCCGUCGUCAACGCCUGACCAAGGCGUUGGCCAUCCAGAUGUCCAUGAUAUCCUCAAAGAAAUGAAGUCGGUGGCCGUGACACCGUUAACGGCCAUCGCUGCCACUCCGCGGAAAGAAGCCGAUCGUUUCGAUUUCGGUCACCCUCACCAACCGCCGAAGCGGAUGCCUUCCAACGGCGGGCUAAUGGAUGAUUUGAGCAUCUCAGACAGCGAUCCGGACUCCGAAACAGAAUCCUCCAUCAAGAUCUCUGCCGCCGCCACCACCUCUACUGCCCCAGUUCUUAGCCCACUGCCUUCCAGUCCGAUGGAACCGAUGAACAGUCCACCAAGGCCUCGUUCGCCACUCUCUGGUCCGGCUACGGCCGCCGCGAGUGAGGCUGACGAUUCCGAAGACGAUUCUAGUUCGGAAUCGGAUGGCUCCAGUUCGGAUUCCAGCUCUGAUGGUGAACACGUUGAGCCGGAAACGAAACCCCCUCACGUUUCUCCACCUAAACAGCAGCAACAGCCACAGCAACAACAGCCGGCCAAUACUCCCAGCUGGAGCUUAAAAUCGUUCCUGCCCAUCAAUCCUCCUAGCAGCAUAUUUGAGGGCACAACGAGGGGCUCUGACGUUUCGCAGUCAGGCCUUGAUCAAAUCUCAUUGGAUCGAAGAGACACUCUGGGCGAUUCGCUUCGUCGUCCGGACGAUGACGACGAUGAUUUCUUUGGCAGUUCGGCAGGCCUUAGAUUUGAUAGUCCAACUCCUGCGUCUGAGCUGGACGAUGGACUGUUUAAAGGAGACAAAAACGCGACAACAUCGUCCGUCGCCAAGAUGAUUUCAGACAGCGACUCUGAGCAGCCAGACCUCAAUUCUGCCUUGUCGAAAAUGAUCGUGCCUGAACCUUUGCUGUCGGAAAUGUCCGACUCGGAGGAUCAUAUCACGCCCAGGCCUAACUUGCCUUCAUCUGGUUCGAAAGCGUCCACCAACCGGAGAGUCAAACAGUCCCAAUCUUCUAGUAAAAACAGUUUGAAUCGUUUGUCUCAUUCGGAGAGUAGCAGCAGUGAUGACGAACGUCCAGUGCCAGAAGCGCGGCCACGACAGCCCGUCGUGACGGCCCCGCCAGCUUUGCCUGCUCCCGCUGCGCCAGUGGAGGCCGCUCCUAAACGAAGAGGUCCUGGUCGGCCGAAGAAACAAGUCAAUGCAUCUGCACCUGCUUCGGGCAAAGAGAUUUCCAAACGUCCAGGUCGAGCACCGAGGAAACAAUCUGCCAACGUCCAGGCUCCGAUAUCGCGCGAGAUUCUGGACACGACCACGUCAUCGGUGAGCAGCUCAUCGUCGCCGUCCAACAGUGAAGUAGAUGUGGAGAACACACCAUCUCCGUUAAAGGCGAGGAAGCCCAGCCUGUCGGUGACGGUGACGCCGCCGACGACUCCGCGCAAAAACAACGUCCACUCUCAAAGUCCAUCGAAAUUGGCUGCUGUCGCGAAAAUGCCCACGCCGCCGACGGCCGUGGCAAGUCGGGUCCUUUUCCCAUCUCGCAGUCGGAGUAGGAGCAGGAGCAGUUCGAGCAGUAGUCGCAGAAGCAGCAGCAGCAGUUCGAGCAGCAGUUCGAGUAGCAGCAGCAGCAGUAGUUGCAGGUCGAUGCCCAGCGGAGGUGGCAAAGGUCAGCCGCGACCGAGAGACGAAGAUUUGCAGAAAGAUUACAGCCCGCCCAAGCUGGACAUGGAUUCGAAGCCCAACUCGGAUCGCAAGUGUGCUCUGUUCAUGAAAAUCUACCGACCUACUGGAGCUAAAGGAAGACAGGAUCGUGCGGCGGCUCCCGAUGCGGCCGUUCCGACCAGUGGUGGCAAAGGUGUGAAAGGUAAACUAGAACCGAAGAAGGUCGUAAGUGAAGUGGCGGCCAGCCCCAAAGCGGUGGUGGCACCGACGCCUCCGCCACCAGCUAAAGUUGCACCUGCUGUUCCGUACGUCAACGGCCGGCCUAGUUUGAUGUGUCAAGUACCUCUAAGCAAAUUGGCUGCUCCUGUCCGUCCGCCGACGCAGGAGAAGAAUCCUGAGCGUCCGGUGGAGAACAAAACGAGAACUCCAGUGCCUAAACGUGAGGCUGAAAAAUCGUCAACGCCUAAUAGGUCGUCAUCGAAAUCUUCCAAACGACGAUCUAGCAUCAGUUCAACUUCGUCCGUCUCUGUCCCGCCACCGGUCGUUGCAACGCCAUCGCAUCGCAAGGAGAGCAAACGAAAACGGAAGGGCGAAGGAGGGGAUGAUGCUGUGGAGACUCAAACGGGCAAGGCUCAAAAGAAGAAGAGCAGACGGAAAAUCAACGUUGAAGAAGCGGAGCAAGAGGCUGGCCCUCUCCCUCCGAUCGUUCCUACGCCCAACCACAUUCCGUCCGUUGAUAUCAAAUCUUGCCUGUCUCCGUUCGAUCCGAGAAACGCAUCCCCUGCACCGCCCAUGAUGCGCACCCAACAACAAACGCAGCCGGGCACCAACCUCGUCUAUUUCAGCUAUUUCGAGGAACCACCGGCCCAUCAGCUGGAACAUGAAGAUCGUGAUCACAAUCAUUUCCUGAGUGAGGCUAAAGCACUUAAACACGCGGCCGACAAACAGCAAACGGACCGGACUCUUCAAGCAGUACAGUAUUUGGAGGCGGUGUUGUUUUUCAUCCUGACUGGAAACGCCAUGGAGCACGACAGGAUGACGGAGAAAGCAGCUUUUACCAUGUACAAGGACACGCUCAAUCUGAUCCGUUACAUUUCGUCAAAGUUUCGGCAUCAACCUCAGGCCGGCACCCAAUCGGCCAACAUUGACGCCAAGCUACAAAUUCUGUCGUUGCGCUGUCAGGCGUUGCUCUACCUCAAACUGUUCAAAAUGCGUCGACACGAGGUCAAAGAGUUCUCCAAGGUGCUAGGAGACUACCAUGCCAAGGCCACCACAGUGGCGGUGACUUCUCCGGCAAUGGGCGGAGCCUCUGGCAGUGGGAUCGCCUUGGAUAUGCACGGCCAGGCCAGUGUCGGUGGAGGUGUUCUUUACCGGACGAGCGGCACGCCUUCGCCACUUUCGCCUACCCCGUCACCGGCGGGAUCAGUGGGCUCGGUGGGUAGCCAAUCGUCUGGUUACAGUAGUGGUGAAUUAGCACCUGGCCAGACGAGUGGACAAGUUGGUCAGCAGCAGCAAAGACCCCAACAAUUGGCCAACAAUCAACCGCUUGCCAUGUCGACGCCCAAUCACCUCAAUGUUGGUCCGUGUGUUUCGGUACCACUGGGCGUGCACAGCGUCAUGCAAAAGCAGAACCAGUACUUCAGCUACCUGUGCACUUGCCACGAGCUGUGGGAACAGGGUGACAGUCUAGUACAAAGAGCGCAAGCUCAAGAUUUUUUUAUCCAACUGGAUCGACAAUGCGGGCCGCUCACAUUUCACAGUUCCUUACGCGAUGUUGUCCGCUAUGUCCGGGCUGGUGUUCAACGACUGCGUGACGCCUACAUUCAGCCGGGUCGGUAGCCAGCCAAAAAGAAAAACUUACAAAAGAGAAGAAAAGGCUCGUCAAAACAAAACAAAAAAAAAAGGUCGCUCACGCUUUCAUUUGAUUUUCCUGAUAUCUUCGUUAGAUAUACACACACAAAGGAAAUGUUAGACUUAGUUUGCCUUCUUACCGGGUAUUUAUUGUCAAAGCAUUUUUCCGUUUGCAAUACCGAUAAAAAAAGGGAGAAGCAACAAAAAAGGAAGCGAAUGUCCCUCUCGUUAGGUGGCAUAGAAAUUGUUUUCCCCUUUUUCUCUCUGAUCGCGUACGGAGGAAAAAAAAAAAAAAUCCUUGCCAAAGUGCCUCUCAUUUUGAAACGAGAAAAAAAAGAAAAGAAAGGAAAGAAGGCUAGAGGGAAGCAAAAGUGUCAACAGCUUUAUCAAGUUAUAACAAAACACUUAUCCGAUCUCGUUCACGUGACCACCACACACAGUCCUUAUCUCUUUCUCCUCUCUCUUUUUGCUGUCCUUGUUGUCGGGAGACACGUAAACGAACCCAAGUGCAAAACCGUUGAAUUAAACAAAAACAAAGAAAAGAAAUUACGCACGGUCUAAUCAGGUCGUGUUUAUACUUUUUUUUUUUUAACUUAAAUGAAAUUUUUUCCCUUUUUUUUUUUUCGUUUUUUGUUCUCUUUUCGUUUGGUCACGUGACGGGCCGGUUCCUUUUCGUCAGCUUGCUAUUCUUGUUACAAAUUUUCGUGCGUUUUUGCGUCGACUUCCCAAAUGCGAUCAGCAGACGCGAAGAGGGAGAUUUUUUUUUUUGUUCACGAAAACUAAAGGUUGUGCCUUUUUCAUCGCCGCUGGAUCGAAGCACGAGUUCAAACGGAUGAGCUUAUUUGUGUCUUUGGCAUUCGAGAGCAACGAUCACGCGUGAAGGCCCAGUAGCGUUGAAAGAAACCCUCUUUAAAGAAACACACACGAAAUGAAAUUACCAAGUUGUGAAAUAUCGAGUUAUUCUUUUUUUUUUUUUUCUCUCUCGUUUCCCGCAAUCGCCCGGUUCACAGUGAAGCGUUUAAAAAUUCUGUGGCCUCUUUACAGUAAAUAUGUAAACUUCAAAUAAUUGCAUUCGGAAGAAAAAUCAGCUGCUUGUGUCAAAAAAAGUACCCUUGUAAAUUGCGCGUGAAACGAUACGCCUUCAUCCAUUUGGUUUGUUUGUUUUUUUUUUUUUCCUCCUUCCCCCAGUCCACCCCGACUCAAAUCUCUUUUGUCGUCAUCUCAGUUUUUUGUUUUUCGAUUUUAUUUUCACACGGGGCUUAUAUACACACACAUACAGACACACAAAACUCUCUUUAAUCCUGUGUUUCGUUGAUAUGAUCCCUCCAUCAUCCCGGGCUUGAAAGGAAAAAAAUAAAAAUGUAAAAAAAAAAAAAAAAAAUGCAAAUCCCGACAUCGCACUGGACGAGGGAAAAAGAAAAAAAAAUCUUUGUUAAUACGCAAAUUGCACACAUACAACACAUACACGAACGCGUUAUAUAUGACACGAAUGGCGAGGGAAGUGGAAAAAAAGAAGCAAGUAAUAUUUUGUACGCACGCCUCCCCCCUUAUGUAAUAUGCAUUAUAUCAUAGAGCUAAACGAAGAUAUAAUUUACCAUUGACGUGUGCGUGUGUGUGUGUGAAAACAAUAGUGGCAUUUCCUUUUUCUGUUCGUUAUAAUAACCUCUAUUCAAAUCAAGUAACGUGGAUUGAGAGCCAAGAAGAAAAAAUGAAAUUGUGGUUGAGAUUCAAUGAAAUGAAUACGAGAGUACAAUGCUUUCAUGUGUGUGUGCAUUGUGGUGGUGGCCUUUGGUCCCGCCCGCUAUAUAUUCUCCUGCCUACUUUGAAGUAUCCCCUCCCCUCCGAUUUCGCCCCGCCCCUUUAUACUUCUGUGUACUCAUUAUACGAUUGGACACUAAUAGAAAACAUGUGCUCGUUAUUUACGCAAA